GCGGAGAGCGGGGCGGGAACGGGGCGGUGGAGUCGGGCUGCAGCUGUCAUGGACGCCUGGGUCCGCUUCAGUGCUCAGAGCCAGGCCCGGGAACGGCUGUGUAGGGCUGCCCAGUAUGCUUGCUCCCUUCUUGGCCAUGCACUGCAGAGACAUGGGGCCAGUCCUGAAUUACAGAAACAGAUUCAACAACUGGAGGGGCAUCUGAGCCUUGGAAGAAAGCUUCUACGCCUGGGUAACUCAGCAGAUGCCCUUGAGUCAGCCAAACGAGCUGUGCAUCUAUCAGAUGUUGUCCUGAGAUUCUGCAUCACUGUUAGUCACCUCAAUCGAGCCUUGUACUUCGCCUGUGACAAUGUCUUAUGGGCUGGAAAGUCUGGACUGGCUCCCCAUGUGGAUCAGGAGAAGUGGGCCCAGCGUUCAUUCAGGUACUAUCUGUUUUCCCUCAUCAUGAAUUUGAGCCGUGAUGCCUAUGAGAUUCGCCUACUGAUGGAACAAGAGUCUUCAGCUUGUAGCCGGCGACUGAAGGGUUCUGGGGGAGGAAUCCCAGGAGGAAUUGAAACUGGGGGAAGUGGAGGGUCAGAGACUACAGGAGGAGGCCUGCCCCAACUGGUUCUGAAGCUUCGGCUCCGAGUCCUGCUGCUGGCUCGAGUCCUUCGAGGUCAUCCCCCGCUUCUGCUGGAUGUGGUCAGAAAUGCCUGUGAUCUCUUCAUUCCACUGGACAAACUAGGCCUCUGGCGCUGUGGCCCUGGGAUUGUGGGGUUUUGUGGUCUUGUGUCCUCCAUCCUAUCUAUUCUCACACUAAUCUGUCCCUGGCUACGACUCAAGCCUUGAUAUUCUGGUGCAGAAUAAGGAGGGGACUGGAAUUAGUGAUAUGGAAUCUUAGAUCAUCCCUGACGUACCAGGUAGAGAGAGGAGCUUUGGGGAGGAUGAGGUAAGGAAAAGGGAUUCCUGAACUAAAUAGUGUGAUUUUCUGAUAUCCAGGUCUGCCUGAGCUUUUUUUCUUUUCUUCCUUUAUUGCCUUGUGUGUCUGUCUUGACUCUUUUUACUUUGUCCCUCUUAAGUCUAUUUAAGAGUCUGUUUCUAUACAUCUCUCUGUUUUACCUUCUCAGUCCCCUAUCCUAGGAAUGUAACCAGAAGUGGCAUUACCUUUUGGGGAACUAAAGGGAAGGUAUAAAGUUUUGUCUUAAGGUUCUAACUGCCUUCUUUGUCUCACAAUGGUGGCUUGUGACACAUUUUUUCCCCCUUCAGACUCUAAAUCAUAAUUUUUAAGACUUUAUGUUCCAGUGAACUCUCCUCCGUAACUCGGCUCUGGAGGUUAUUUGAUGCUUCCUCUUCUGCCCUUAUGUCUACCUCACCAAUCUCUUUCAUGAGUUGGCCCUUACCCUUCACUCUACUCACUUCUGCACAUUUCUCCUUACAUUUUGAUUUCAAAACUUUAUUCCCUAGCCUGUUCUUACUUCUUAGUCUAUCCAGAAUGAUGCUGUGUCCAGUAUCUUACUGUAAAUACUGUACAAUGAUUCUGUGUAAAUAGCUGUGGCUCAUGCCCAAGUUGUAGAGCAAGCUUUCCAGAUUAGC